CUCAGAGCUGCUCCCUGAGGGAGCCUCGGCUGCUGGCUUCGGAGGAGAAGACAGAAGGUCAGAUAGGAGCACUGUGCAGCGGGCACUGUGUGGCCUGAAUCCCUCACAGCAGCGCCUGGUUCUGGCUGUGGGCACAGUGAUGGGGAGAGAAUCCCUCCACUCAGAAUCUCGCCUACCCUUAUGGAGGGACUCCUACCCCUGAGGGCUGCACUGCCGGCGAGAACUGGACUUUCACCGCAGCCACUGCUUGUGAGGAUAGAUUGGCUUCCGCACUCAGGAUCACUUGCUUACAGAGGGGAGAUUACAGAAACCACAGUCGGGAUGGGACUGUACUGAGAAGCUGGGGAAAGUGACAAUGAAGACAAGGAUUGAAUAAAAUUCAGAUGAACAGCAGCAUCCUUGGCUCUAUCUUUGAGUAUGGGUGCAGAGCCCUGGUCCUUGAGUGGUGGAUCCUAUUCAAUGCAUUUAUGGUUGUUCUUCACCCUGAGCUUGCUGUUGUUCAUCCUGCUGCUGAUCUCCUGUGGAGGCUGCAUGAGGAAGUCAGCUCAAUUUUCGGCACAGAAUAACGACACAGAGACUAAAGAUGACACUCACCUCAUAAGCAUUAGCCAGUUCGAUGAUUCUGUAUUUCCAAACAGCAUCUCCACAGCAACAAUUCAAGAAGGUCACCCCGGGUCACGUAAAGUAAGCUGGCAAAAUGAUGAGGAAAUGCCUGGCACGCAAGAUAAUAAAGAAUCUCCGUGUCAACACAGCAGAGCAUUGCCUGAGAUUCCCGCUGCUUUGGAUGAUAAGGGGAAUCCUGAUGGGAAAGGUGACCCCGUCUACCAGACAGCGAGGGAGCUAACUGCUGCAGAGUGCCAGGAGAUUUCAGAAGACCCCAUCGAACCAUCGUAUGCGGCUAGUGACCAGUUCAGCCUCGAAACACAGAGGGCAGAGUUCAUCAUCGAGGAUGAUGUUGCCAAGGAGGAGGGGAACUUCCAGCAGAAGAAAGUGGCCCCUGUGUAUGCACGGGUCAGCAAAAAGACAAAGAACACACCAUUGCUGUGUCUUCCCAGUCUUUCGGCAGUCCAUGGGAAUGUGGAACGUGAUGAGGAACCGCCACCACUACCCGAGAAACGAUUCGACCUUGAUGAUGAUUUUGUGAUCGGCGAAGAAUCUGAGCAGAUAUUGGUGGAGGAAACACCUCAAGAAGAUCCCAGGGCAGCUCUGCUUCCUGCUGAAUCCUGUGUCACUGAUGGAGAUGGUAUUGUGGCCGCAAAGAAUGGUCUAACUAUGGGCUAGCAGCACUUGUAUCUCUGAGACACUGCUCUGCUUCUAACUGGACAUGAUCAGGAUUGGAUGGGAUUUACCUAAACAAGCUACACUAGAGUGAAUAACCCUAACAGGAGUGCAGGGAAACCAUCAAAAAGAGAAACUGCUGGAGAAAUUCGCCAGGUCUGGCAGCAUCUGUGGAGAGAGAGAAACAGAGUUAACAUUUUGAGUCCAGUCAUUCUUCUUCACAACAAUUAGGAUCGGAGGGGACUUAUGCCUCCUGCUCCCUGUAUGUCGCACAGCGAACACAGCGUGGAACUGCAGAGACACUUGUGUUGCUGGGACUCUAGGUGGAAAAAGUACUGAAGGAGUGAAAUUACAAUAUAAUUUGAACAGGAGGGAUGGAGCUCUUAUAACAUUUUAGUGCAGGUAUGGGAAGUGAGAUGUCACUAUUUUAAUAACAGAAUUUUCUGUCUUGUUUUCUCUGUGAGAUUAUAGAUUUCUCAAAUAUUAUUAAA